GUUGGUCCAGGUCAUCGUCACCAAAGCCCGACCCGUAUUGUAGAUAACCAGUGGCCAGGCACAUCUCCACUCUCUACCAUGCCAAGAUAACUUCAAAAGGUUCAUCUUUUCACUUGAAUGCUCUCCUCUUACUGAAAAAAGCCCUAGAAACCUCGGCGAAUCUGUGACUGAGCUCUCCUCCAUAUAAUCUAUGGCGUCACUUGGCAGUCCCUCGUCCCCUGGCUCGCUCCAGCUGCGGAGCAUCCGUCGUUACCGCGAAAGUUCUUCCUUCUUUCUUCAGAUCCGAUUCCGGUUAUCACAACGCCGGACCGUUCUCUACGCUUAUGGUGGAAGCAGAAAUGACGGAAGGGAAGGACAAUCAUGGAGCAUCAGCAACAGUUUGCGCGACCCAUUUGCCGGAUGGUCUGGUCUGGAGGGCGACGGCGAGGGGGAUUCUCAGGGAAAGGGAGGGCGUGGAGGGUUGCUGGGAGCAGGGCUUGCUGGACUACUACUUUUUGGAGGACUUACAUUUGCAACAUUGUCCCUCCGUAGCAAAAACAGCAGAAAUAUUUCUGGAAUCGAACAACAGAUGAAACCCUUAACAACUGAACAAGAGGUUCUGUUGACUUCCGAUGAUACAAAUGCAGAAAUCAUUCAGGAUGGAAAUGAGACUAAUCCUAAACCCUAUGACACAGUGAACAAGAUAAAUGACGAUAAUCCAGAUUCUGUGACAGGUAUAAACAAGGACCCUUUUCCUCCACUUGAAGUAUUCGAUGUUACUGAGGAUAAGCGUGAUAUUAUUUCGGCUGAAAUCAUUGAUUCGAUUGAUGAUGGAAGCGGGUCUGUGGAUAGCUUUCACCAUGCUUCAACUGAAGAUGACUGCCAAAUUGAAAAUGAUGUUAAUGAAGUUUCUAUUCCUCCAGAUUCUAAUUCCUUCCCCCUCCAAAAUAAUGAGAAAGCUCAAAUUUUUGGUAAUAUUGACACAUUAUCUAUAAACACUUUCACGGUGGAUUAUGAAGAAAAUGUCGUGUCCAAUGACCAGACAAAUAUUUUGAAUGAAUACGAAGAAUCCUCGAGUGAACCAUUGAGUUUAAGUAAAGGUGUUGGAACCGAGCGAGUUGAAUAUUCUUCAAUUAAUACUAUUUCAUCUGGCAUUAGUUCCGGUUCAGAUUUUGAUCAAAAUGAAGCCUUAACUUUGCCUGCCGAAUCACUCAAUAUUGAAGAAGCGUUUAAAUUAGAGGAAACUAGUUCAGUAGCAUUUUCUGUUCCAGUAUAUGCUAAUGACACUGGAAAUGAACCUAAUAGUAGCAUCUAUUAUCAAAGUAACAGAGACUCUACAUUUGAGUCACUAUUUGCUCAGAAAGCAUUCCCUUUUACUGGCGUGCCUGCUCCAUCCCUCGUCUCUUCAGUAUUGCAGGUGCCUCUAGGAAAGGUUCUUGUUCCUGCAAUAGUUGAUCAGGUUCAGAGUCAGGCUUUCCAAGCUUUGCAAGUUCUGAAGGUGAUUGAGGCUAAUGCCCAGCCUGGAGAUAUAUGUACCCGUCGGGAAUAUGCUCGUUGGUUGGUUUCUGCUAGCAGUGUCCUCACCAGGAAUACAACUUCAAAAUUGUAUCCAGCAAUGUAUAUCGAGAAUGCUUCUGAGCUUGCCUUUGAUGAUAUCACUCAUGAAGACCCAGAUUUCUCAAGCAUUCAAGGCUUAGCGGAGGCUGGAAUAAUAUUUAGCAAGCUUUCGCUGUCUGAUACGAGCAGCUCUUCGAUCCAGAACCAAAAUCAGCUUCUCUUUUACCCUGAAAGCCCUCUUUCGCGUCAAGAUCUUGUAAGCUGGAAGAUGGCUUUAGAGAAAAAACAACUUCCGGAAGUCGACAAAAAUCUUUUGUACCAGGCAUCCAGUUUCAUAGAUAUUGAGAAAAUAGACUCUGGCGCAUGGCCUGCUUUGCUAGCAGACUUGUCUUCAGGGGAACAGGGCAUUAUAUCCCUUGCCUUCGGUUAUACCAGAUUAUUUCAGCCCAAUAAACCUGUUACCAAGGCCCAAGCGGCCAUUGCCCUUGCUACUGGUGAAGCUUCUGAGAUUGUUGGCGAGGAACUCGCACGCAUCGAAGCAGAAUCAUUGGCGGAAAGUGCUGUGAAUGCACAUAGUGCUCUUGUUGCACAAGUUGAGAAAGAUCUCAAUGCAAGUUUUGAACAAGAGCUUGCAAACGAAAGGGAGAAGAUAAAUGCCUUGGAGAGACUGGCUGAGGAAGCAAGACUGAAACUGGAAAAAAUGAGAACUGAAAGAGAGGAAGAGAAUGAAGCUAUUCUUCGGGGUCAAGCAGCUGUGAGAUCUGAAAUGGAAGUCCUCUCUAGACUGAGGUGUGAAGUAGAAGAGCAGCUGCAACAGCUUAUGACUAACAAGGUGGAGAUAUCUUUUGAGCGUGAAAGGAUUAACAAACUUCGAAAAGAAACAGAAAGUGAGAAUCAAUUAAUCGUUCAGUUGCAGCAUGACCUUGAAGUUGAGCGGAAGGCUUUGUCCAUGGCCAGGACAUGGGCUGAAGAGGAGGCAAAAAGAGCUAGAGAGCUAGCCAGAGCUCUAGAGGAGGCUAGGAAAAAACAUGGAAUCAAAGUCGUCGUUGAUGAAGACCUGCAAGCAGAUGCCACAACUGGAAUUACAUGGGUUACUGCUGGGAAACAAACUCCAGCUGAUGAAACAAUUAGCAGAGCAGAACUUUUGGUGGAUAAACUGAAGGCAAUGGCUGCUGAAAUGAAACUCAAAUCAUCCAUUGUUAUCAAAAACAUAAUUCAAACAAUAGCUGCUUUAAUUUCAGCGCUCAAGCUGCAGGCUACCGAGGGUUGCAAACAGGUUGUUCUGAAGGCUGGGAGAUCAAUAGAAAGCUUGAAGGAGAGUGCUUCUGCAGCAAGCUCAAACAUUGGUGAAAUAGGGAGAAGAAUCAUUGACGAGUGCAAAGAAGGCGCUGAGAGAAUCUCACAGAAGUUUAAAGCUUAGUAAUGUUUGCCAAAUUUUAUUGAAUUUUUAGUAUUGCUGCAUUUUAUAAUACCUCUGAAUAUCGUAAUGUAAUGUUUGCUGACUUGAUUUUUAUGGGAAAAAGGUUCAAUAGUUGGAAGGUGAGAGUGAUCGGAACUCCCAAUUUCAUUAGCUUAUCCUUGAGUUGUAUUCUGCGUGCAAAGCAAAGCUGAAAAGCUGGUACUCCAUUUGAAAUAAAUGAUUGUAAGAAAUAUAGUUGUAUUC